UGGUGUCAGUGCCGCGGCCAUGGCGGAGCUGACAGACGCGGAGCUCCGGAAGGAGCUGUUGGAGCUCGGUUACCAGCCGGGGCCCAUCACCGCCACCACCCGCAAGGUCUACGUCAAGAAGCUGGGCUGCCUGCGGGCCGAGGUAGCGGCGGCGAAGCGCAGAGGCCGCGGCGCGCCGCCGAGCCCGGGCCGCAGCCCUGCCAGGCCGCAGCAGGCCUCGCCCUCCCGGCAGCGCUCCGGCUUCAGCCUCGGCCACGUCGGAGCCACCCGCGACAGUGAGGAGGAGGAGGAGGAUGAGGAGGAAGAGGAGGAAGGGGGGCAGCUGCCCGCGUCCCGCUGGGGGACGUCUGGAGAGGGUGACGGGCUGUCCUGGGGGGGCUCCCGAGGGUCCCCCCCGGGCCGGAGCGCAGGACUCGGCUCCAGGGCUGAGGGGGGCCUGUCCCGAGACAGUUUUGGGGGGCUGAGUGGCUCGGCGCAGUGGGGGACGUCGGUAGAGAGAGGUGGAGGUGUCAGGGAUGGUCUGGGGUCCUCCGUGAGCGGGCUCGGGGGGCUGAGCUCCCCUUCCCAGUGGGAUACAUCCGUCCAGAGAAGCGGGGGGCUCGGGCUGGACCCCACGUCCCAGUGGGACGCGCCUGCACAGAGAAGCAGGGGGCUCGGCGCUGGGCUGGGGGCGUCCCUGGAUGGGUUUCGGGGGGCAGGCACGCCCUGGGGCACGGCAGCAGAGAGCAGCGGGGGGCUCAGCUCCGGCUUCAGGCCGGCCCUGGACAGGUUUUGGGGCUCGAACAACGCACCCCAGUGGAGCCAGUCUGGCGGCGUGGCUGCGGCAGGGACAUCCCUGGAUGGGGCUGGGGGGCUGAGCUCCAGCUCCGCCUGGGGCUCCUCUGCAGGCAGGAGCGGGGGGCUCGGCGCCAAGCCCCUCGGCAGUGAGGAGAGCGGCGGCCCGAAGGCCAGGAGCCAUUGGGGCACGUCCGGAGGUGGAAGCGGGGGGCAGAGCUCCCGAGCGCAGUGGGAGGCGGCCGGCGAGAGGAAGGGGCUCUCCAACAGCUGGUGGAGGAGGGAGGGGGAGGUGAGCCCCGGCUCCCCCUGGGGCUCCUCGGCGGCACCCGCGGGGUUGAGUCACCGCUUCGGCAGAGGGAAGGAGGAGUUGGCUGCCGGCGUCCGGAAGGAGGCAGGCAGGAGCCCGGCCCCCGGCGGCUGGGGAGCGGGGCUGAUCCGGCGGCUGCCCUGGAGGGCCGGGAGGGAGCCGGGGCAGGCCUCGGGCGGCUGGUGGGACGGGGCUGGGCAGGGGGUGACCGCCCGCCCCCACUUGCUGCGGACAGCGCCCAGGCAGCCGGCAGGAGGCAAGGCCAAGGGCUUUGAGUACUUCCUCUCCCAGUUCCUCUUCCUCGCCACCGUUGUGCUGCUGCUGAUCUUCCUGGGCAUCCUCGUGGUGAAGAUGCUUGGCUCCGGCUGGCUGGAGAGGAGAGAGGAGAGCUUUAACCUCUUGCCUGUGGACUGUGAUGAGAAGACAGAUAAGUUCUGCCAGAGCAAGCAGAAGGACACAGUCAUGAGCAUGCUGCAUGAGCUCUACAACUACCUGUCCAUACAGGCUGGUAAUUUUGAGUGUGGCAACCCUGAGAAGCUGAGAAGCAAAUGCAUUUGGGUUCAUGAAGCCAAGGAGCACCUGAUGAACAUCACUGGGAGCUCCCCACAGAGGUUUGAGGAUGCCCUGCUCUGGAUCCUGAACAGCAACAAGGACCUGGGAAUAAGGUUGAAAGGCAGAGACCUUGUGGAAGAGGUGAGCAGGGUGGAGGAAGUGUUCUGCCUGGAGUCAGCUCACCCUCAGAUGGGGCUGGGCUGCCGCUUCCGCCGCGCCGUGGUCACUGCCAUCACCAACCUCUUCCUCUUCUUCUGGGGCCUGGUCACCCUCUGGGGCAUCCUGCUGCUGCUGCGCUACCGCUGGCGCAAGAGGGAGGAGGAGGAGCAGGCCAUGUACGAGAUGGUGAAGAGCAUCAUAGCUGUUGUCCAGGACCACUACAAGGAGUGGGAGCGGAACCUGGAGCGCUACCCUUACGUCGGCAUCUUCCACGUCCGGGACAGCCUCAUCCCCCCCCAGAGCAGGAAGAAGAUGAAGCGAGUCUGGGAGCGAGCUGUGGACUUCCUGGCUUCCAACGAGUCCAGGAUCCAGACUGAGUCGCACAGGGUGGGAGGGGAGGACAUGCUGGUGUGGAGAUGGACUCAGCCUUCCUACCUCUCGGAUUCGGAGCACUGAAGAGGAGCAGGAGUGGAGCAGCCGCUGCUGAGGCCCUCUGGGAGGGGGCAGCUCCCUCUGGCGGUGGGGAGGAGCAGGGCACGGUCCCCACCCCCUGGGGCCGGGGCUUGCGCUUAGCUGUUUGCUCUCCUUCCUGGAAACCUUCACGGACACAACAAAAGCUAUCAGGGCAAUACUGAAUGUUGGCUUGGGGGCAGGGUGGCCCUGGGCUGGUGGGAAGCUGCAGCCAGCCUGCCAGCAGGUGCCUGGCUCCCACCGGCCAGCCCAGAGCAGCCUUGGGGAAAGGGAAGGAAAACAAAAGCCAAGCACAGCCAAGCUGAGCUCAGCUGCUGCUGAGGGCCUGAGGCUCUCUGCCAGAGCUUGGGAGCUCCACAUUUGACCUCAAUUCUGCAAAGGCCAACUGGUGGCAGUGGCCAUCAGGGGAGAGCAUUUCCCAUGGAAAGAGGAGGGAGCAGCUCAGCUGCAUUGGGGCAGGGUUUGGUUUCUCUCAGUGCAGAGAGGCUUGCAAGCACUUGGUGCCUCCUGGCAGCAGCAUGUGUGUGCCAGCUUCACCCUUGGAGCACGGAGCAGAGGGGGAGGGGAAGUCAGGUGAAGGUGGUCCCAGAGGGAGGGCAGCCUGAGGUGCCUUGGU